ACUUGCAUCAUCCCAACUAAUUACAGUAAUCAAAUCAAGUAGCGAAAACUCCACUAUCUUUCAGCGCAAUAAUCCUCGCCUUGUUCUUCAUCUUCAAUUAAAUUUUGUAAUCUUAUCUUGUUGUAAAUUAAAUUGUGCCCAGUAGCAAAAUUCCAUAUCAAUCAAGCAAUGGGUCAAACUGUGGGAGACGCGCCGCCGAGUUCGCGAGCCAAGCCAACGAUACAGGUGCCGCCGCGUGGCUCGGCGGGGUUCCUGUACGCGAACGGGUCGGGCCCUGGGUUCAGCCCGGGCCCGAUGACUUUGGUGUCUAGCUUCUUCCCGGAGCAGAGCCCUUUCUCCUUCUCUCAGCUCUUGGCCAUGGCGUCGCCGCUGGCUGAUUCCCACGCCAGGGUUUCUGAUUCUGGGAAUAAUACUGAAGGGAGAAAGAGUAUGAGUAUCACUCCCGUGUUCAUGGUGCCGCCGGGGCUUAGUCCGUCCGGAUUGAUGUCGCCGCUUCAGAGCCCCUUUGGAAUGUCCCACCAGCAAGCCCUAGCGCACGUUACUGCUCAGGCGGCAUUGUCUCACUCUAUCAUGCACAUACAAGAAGAUUUUCAGCAUUCUUCAUCCGCAGAAGCCAUAGCUAACCAUUCUUCCUCUGCAAAGACGGAAGCUCUCAUGCAGCCGACAAAACCUUCGCCUCCUGAUCCUGAGAACAUGAACAAAGAGUCAGCCGAAGCUUCCCAAUCUGGUAAAACUGCUGCUACUGAUAAACCGGCAAACGAUGGUUACAACUGGAGAAAAUACGGGCAGAAGAAUGUCAAGGCAAGUGAAUGCCCUAGAAGCUACUACAAAUGUACACAUCCGAAUUGUCCUGUCAGGAAGAAGGUCGAGCGAACUUUAGAUGGCCAUAUAUCUGAGAUUACGUAUAAAGGGCAGCACAACCAUGAUCCUCCUAAACCCACUAAAGGGGGAAAAGAUAGUUUGGCUUUGGAUACAUCAACAAAUGCCCAGGUGAAUUCUGUUCUCGCUUCUCAGAAACAGACCGAAACUGCAAGGUUAAGUGAGUCCCAAAAUCCCCCCACAACUUCUCAGCAGUCAUUUGAUCCUUACACAGUCGCUACUCAUAAAGACGGCACAAAAGACACUGCAAUAGUGGUAGAUGAAGGUGAUGUUGAUGUACCAACUGCCAAAAGAAGAAGCCUGGAUAAUAGUCAAUCUGUACCAGCUUCGUCGCAUCAAGCAGCUCCAGACUCGAAGAUUGUGUUGCAGACGAGAAGUGAAGUUGAUCUUUUGGAUGAUGGUUACAAAUGGAGAAAAUAUGGGCAGAAAGUGGUCAAGGGAAAUCCUCAUCCAAGGAGUUACUACAGAUGUACAUAUGCAGGGUGUAAUGUACGUAAACAUGUAGAGAGGGCUUCAGCAGAUCCGAAAUCAGUCAUUACCACGUACGAGGGCAAGCAUAACCAUGACAUCCCGAUAGGGAAGCAUGGAGCAGCGAGUCAGCAUGUGAAAACACAAAAGGUUACAGCAUCAAAUGACCUUUCAGAAAUUGGCUAUGGAAACAAAGACCAAAUACCAACAACUUUACAGCUCAAAGAAGAACAUAUUGCAACGUGAUGUGCCCUCACAAAAAAAACACGGCCUUCUGUAGCUUUUGCAUCUUCAACCUGUUUACUCAGACGAGGGAAGAAGAGUCGCAAUGCAGCACGGCAGAAUCUCCCCCUAUACUGUAAGAUUAAAUAAAGAUCUAUAGUUGUACUUGGCUUUUAUUUUUGUACCUGCGAUUGAUAUUAAACAAGAAUGUGAUAAAUGUUAAUAAUAUUGAAUUCUGGGGGUGUUGUUAUAGGGGAGCAUAUACUCGGUGUGUAUAAUGUAUUUAGAUGCAGUCAACUUAGUGUGUUUAAUUAUAACAUUUGCUUAGAUAUAGGAUUAUAUUUAUUUAUGGACCUUUGUUACAUCAAAGAUUGAGAUUGAUAUUGAUCUUCUUUAUGAUAAAAA